AUGGCGCCUUCCACCGCGCUUCUCUCUCUCCGGCGGUGCCUCAUCCUAGCUCUGCUCUGCGCUUCUGCUCCUCCCAGUCUGACAGGUCUCGAAUGGCUCUGCCAUGAUCUUCCUUCCCUCCUCGUUCUCUCUCUCUCUCUCUCUCUCUCUCUCUCUCUCUCUCUCUCUCUCUCUCUCUCUCUCUCUCUCUCUCUCUCUCUCUCUCUCUCUCUCUCCUCCGUUCACGCUCUCUCCCUCUUCCCUUCUUCAGAGGACAGACCGGAGGAGAUCAUCUUCAGAGCCCUGGCCUGCUUCACUGAUCACUACGUAAGAGCUAUAUAACCAUUGCAUACUCACAGUGCUUAGGAGAGAUUAUCUUUUCUUCUUUUAUCUUCUCUGUGGUGAGAAGUUUCUUCUGUGGAGAGAAGAUCGACGGCCGCUGCACGGAGAACCAGAGGCUGAAGGCCCAGGGCUUCCUCAACAUCUCUCGCGAGGAGACCGACGCCUUCUGCGCAGGGCCCUGCCUGGACGAGACAUACCAAGUCCUCAACUGCGUGGAUGACGUGCUCGACGGCUACAGGUUCUACAACGGCGCCGCCGUCGCAGACGUGAAGGCGGCGAUCCGACGAGGAUGCAGCAACGGCCGGCGAAGAGGUGAUCGUAGAAUAGUCCCCAUAUCGGAAGAAGGAAUUCCAUGGCGAUGACAGCCCGCCAUUUUUUUUCUCCGUGUUGCAGGAGAUUUCAGCGUUGAGGAGAUCAUGAAUGGCGACCACGCCGGCUACUACGGCCAGGGGAGCAGGCUCGCCGCCUCCUCAACGGCGACGUUGAUGAUGGCCUCGAGCUGGCUUCUGCUGCUCUAG